GUUUCCCGCCGGCGACGGUUGCUCCCGCACGCCUCCUUACCGAGCGCCGUGCGCGCGGGCGGCGGUAACCCAGAGCGCUCCACGCCCGCCCCACCCGCCAUAUAGAAAGCCCCUUACCCACCCCACCCCUCGCGCGUCACCUGACGGUUUUCAGUUUCUCCACCACCACCGGGGAGUUCCGCUGCUCCGUGCCCGCCAGCCCCCCUUCUUGGCUUAGGAUAGCCGGGCAAGGGGCAGGCUGAGGCAGAGCCAUGCUGUCCGCCGCCGCCGCCGCCGCCGCCUCCAUCUCUUCCUGGCCGGGAAGCAUCCCUUUAGCACGGCCCCUUCUCGCGUGUCACGUGUGGUUCCGGGGGCCAGUUUGAGGGGAGGAGCCGCCCGGGAGGCUGCAAGCGGCGCAGAGGCAAGAGAGCGGCUCGCCUCACUGGGUCUGUGUGUGAGAGAAAGAGGGGCGCUGAGGCGGCGGACGGGACCCCCAAGGAAGCCUGGAAAUGGCCCCGCCGAUGCGCGGGCGCUUUAGUUGUCACAGUGAACAUGUUCUAGCUCAGGGGGUCCUGUGUAAAAAACCAACCCUUUGCUUCCUGUUAACAUACCCUCCAACAUUUCUCCUAUGGAAAUAGGGACGUCCUGUUGUUAUAGGGGGGGAAACUGCUCCCUUUUCCCUUAUGGGGUAUCCAAGAGCCCGUAUAGAGUCCUUAAGUGGGUCCCCUGUCGGCAGGAGAAAAUAACACAGGCCAACCAGAGUAUAUUGAGAAGCAAUACAGUGGUACCUCGGGUUACAUACGCUUCAGGUUACAGACUCCGCUAACCCAGAAAUAGUACCUCGGGUUAAGAACUUUGCUUCAGGAUGAGAACAGAAAUCGCACGGCGGCGGCAUGGCAGCAGCGGGAGGCCCCAUUAGCUAAAGUGGUGCUUCAGGUUAAGACCAGUUUCAGGUUAAGAACGGACCUCCGGAACGAAUUAAGUACGUACCCAGAGGUACCACUGUAUAUUGAGAAGCAAUAUGAUUCUUCAACAUCAACUUCGUUGGACUGUUCGUGUUGUGUGGCUGCCUGAUUAUUGUCUUCCAAAGCAACUACUCUAUUCCGGGCUUAAAAAUGGAAAGCUGGUCAACAAAAAAGGUUUAAAGACUGUCUCAAGGCAAAUCUAAAACAAUGUAGUAUAAAGACCAACAAUUGGAAAACGCUUGCCUGUGGACGCUCCAAUUGGAGAACAGCCUUUACCAAAGGUGUCAUGGGCUUUGAAGAUACUCAAACUCAGGAUUCAAGGGAGAGUUCUAUCUUCAGGAAGAGAUCAAGCUAUUUACAUUUUUUUUUACAUUUUAAAGUUUUUGUGUUUGUAAAAUUGGGUGAGUUAACUGAAUAAAGCAUAAAAGACCAAAUUAAUAACCAGAUGUGGCAAUAUGGCAUGCAUGCAUUUUGUCAGUGACAAUACCCUUGGAGGUUGUUCCUGUCUCUGGGAUCAGGUAUCACUUCUAUGUACUUUUUGCUUAUGUCGUUGUGUAUGGAGGUGGGGGUCAGUGGUGAGAUGGACACCUGCUGCCCAAUCACAGCAAUGGUAAACCUCAUAUUUCACCAAUAUUUUCUAUGGACAGUUCUCACUUCUGCCCCAGGGAAAAGGCAGGAUAUACAUGGAAUAAAUAAAUAAAUAAGAACAUAACAAUUAAUGAGAUUAAAUUCAAGUUAUCACCUUAAUUCAGCCAAAUAAAUGGUUUUCAUGAUCUCCUAGACAUAGAGAGAGUUAAAAUGUAAUGCUACAAAGAUUCAAAAUCAUGCCAAUUAACUAACUGGUGGAGAGCUUCAGAGGUCAGUUUGGACUGAACAACCUUUAGCAGAAAAAGUAUGUAACUCUGGGGUUAUAGUAGACACAGGGCCGUCUUACCCCUAGGCGGUAGGGGUGCGGGGUGCCGGGCUCUCAGGGGUGCCAGGCCGAGAGUCCGGGGCCCAAGAGUUGAGUCUGGGGAAGAGCCCGCCCAUCGGUCAGUUCGCCACAGCGGGCUCUUCUGCUGUGGGCGGCUCUGCACCGCGGGUUUGGGGGCGACCGAGCCAACAAGAUGCUGAGGUGACUGGCCAGCUCCGCCCUCCUGUGCGCCUGGGACUGGGCAACCGGGGGGGGGGGCGCUGCCGGGCGGAUCUUUGCACCCCAGCGCUGCAUAUGCUUAAGACAGUCCUGAGUAGACACAUUCAUUCAAUCAGAUCUCAGCUGUAUGUUGUAAGAUUAAGGGGGGGGGGAAACAAUUCUGAAUUAAGACAGGAGUCUUUCUAAGUUAUGUGAAAGCUAAUUUGGUACUACAGAAAGGUAUUGCCCUAAUACAGCUGAAUGCUGCUGUAUCAGUUUACUUUGAUAAUGUAUUAUUCAUUGUUUUGAACAUGGCAGGACAAUGAAAGAGAAUUCUUGAAUAAUACCCUGGAGAAGCUGGAUGGUUAAAACAAUGCUAGUGCUUCCCUUCCUGUUAAAUAUAAUAGCAAAGGAAGCUGUUUGUCCUGUAUUACUUAAUAUAGAAAUCUAAAAGGUUUUUAAUAUGGCUGUAUGGUUUGACAACUGCAAUUGAUAAGAGUUCUCUUUUUUUACUGCGUCUGCAUAAUAUGUUUGCUGCUGCUACCAAAAGUUUUGUUAAGCAGGUUGGCGAUGGAGGUCGACUAGUACCUGUUCGUAGCCUCAGUGAAGCUGAUAAAUAUCAACCCCUCAGUCUUGUUAUUAAGAAGAAAAGUUGUCUUAUUUCAAGAAGAUCCAAAUUUGUUUCAACGCCAUUCAGCCUAAAAGACAUUCUUCAAGGAGAGAAAGAAAUUUCAGCUGGUAAGUUUGUUUUUUAAACUUCUUGAAAGCUUAUAAAAAUAUGAUUGCUAAUUUUCAGAGACAUAACUGAACAGGGGAAAUGCAAAACAAUAUGGAUUUUACUGCUUAUGCUGUUUUAGAGGAAUCAAACAGUAUGUCUACAAUAUAAACUAGCAUCUUGUGAAAAAGCAUUUAAUGUUUGCAUUUAGUAAAAGACUGAAGAAGACAUUUUAGGAGGUUUCACUGAUAAUGUAUUGAGUACUUUUCAGCAUUCAUUACAAAUUUGCUUUAUAUUUUUGGUGUAAUCGUUCUGUGUUAUAUAACAUCUGUCACUUACAUGCAGUGUGAUCUAAAGUUGUUUAUUUACCAAUCACAUUGAGUUCAGUAGGACGUCCUAGUAAGUGUGCUUAGAAUUGCAGCAUUAAUAUCCCAAUACUGUAUAGCAUGCAAUAUCAGCUAUCCACUGUUACAGAGGAGUGAGAUCACUGCAUGACAAUACCAUUUCCACAUCUGUUCACAACUUUUUUGUACGCGUGAUAUGUAGCUCCCUAGAGCUGUUAUUUAAUUUGAAGUAAUAUGGCAGUGCAGUGGGAUGCCUGAGGUUCUCUAAAAUCUAUUCUCUAGGUCCUUGUAGGCACAGGGAACAUUUUGAGUAUAAUGCUGCUCACAGUCUUUUAGAAGAGCAUCCUGCAGGCUAUAUGCCAUCCUACAUAACAGACAAGAAACUAAGGGAGACAUUGCCCUUUAACAAAAACAAAUAGCAAAAGCAAUUUCUGACAGUGAAAGAUAGACAAUUUACAGUGCAAUCCUAUACAUUUCUACCCAAAAGCUAACCCCAUUGAUGUGGGAUGUGUAUGUAAGUGUGUAAAAGAUUGCAACUGAUUUCAAUAGAACCUAAAUGUGACUGAUUUAAACAGGAUCCAAACCAAAUUAUUUUAGCUCUAAGUGUCAGUGGUAUUCUGAGAUUAUACACAAUUUAAGUUAUUACAUAAUUAAUGAAGUGAUGCUAUUUUAGGAUAAUUGUUCUACGGAAGGCAGCUCAGUUGCUUUCCAUGUCUGUUGUCAACAGCUCAAUGCUCUUCAAAGUAAAAUGAGUAGCAAUUAAUAUUUUCUACCACUGCAGAUUACAUGUUUUGAAUAUGAACAUAAUAGUAAUGGGAUGGACAUCACAAAUGCAACCCUUCAUCUAUAUUUUAAAUGACAGAUUCGCUUUCUUUCUGUAUUCCAGGAAAAGAGAGGUAAUAGCAGAAAACAGUACCCUUUGUAGGAUAUUUGAAUAGUAAUAUUUUAAGCCUACCAGAGGAGUCAGGCAUGGUUUUGGGUUGGUCACUUGGUCUGCAUUCAAGUAAUUUUAAAAUGUUAUCCGUUGUUUCCAUGUUUGUUCUGGAAAGCCUCUCUUCUUCCCAGAGGGGAGGGGUUGUGAGCAGGAAUCACUUCCCGCGCUCACAGGGGGGCAUGGCCAAGCCCCCCUGCAUCACCGAGUCCUGGGCCCGCGUCAUGCCCCCCAGUCAGCCAGCCAACCCGUCUGGCGGGGGGAGUAGUUUAGACACAUUUGAAAACAGCCGCAGGCACACAGACUCUCCCUUGUUGUUCCAGGCCUCCUCGGAUCACCUGCCCGCCCUCCCUCCUGACCUUGCUAUGGACUUCGCCUUGGUUGUCAAAGGGGCCUGGUAGGAAUUUUUUCCACUUGGCAGAUUGACACCAGCCACUUGUUUUUUUGCCUACCUCGUAGCAAAUUGUCACAACUUUGUAAGGUUUGGCGGUUAGGCAUUGGAAAAUGUGUUGUGUGUUGGAGGGGAGGUUGUGGCCAUCACCUACCCCUCCCCUUGAAGGGUAUUCCAUUAAAGGAAUCCGGUGGUUGUGGUUCCUGUCCGAUACCCAGGUGGUGGCUAGGGCGAUGGAACGACCCCCGGUGACUCUAGGGGAAAGCUUCUAGUUGAUCCGCAUCAACAAGCUCCCCCUACAGGUUGUUAACCCUUGUGUGACUCCUUGCAGAGUGGUCAGGAGUCAAGUAUAGGAUCCAGUGCCUAAGCCAAUACCACUCACAUUCUGAAACCAAUAAAGUUGUGGCCUUUUUUAGCCCAUUAACCUAAAAUACUUGUGUCCAUGUGUCUUAUUUUAUCACUAAGCGGGGGUGGGGCCUAGACUCACAAACUUUAUUUAAUUUUGUCAAAAUGUUUAUAUCUCAACUGAGAAUUCUAAAUAAUAAUAUUUGCCAAUGAAUACAAGUGGGAUAAACUUUGCAAGAGAUAUACUAAGGUAGCUGGCUCCCAACUAUGGAACUCCUUCCUUGAAAUUUGCUGGUGUCCAUGCAUGAUAAUCUGAACAUCUCUUGAAGUGUUUUCAGAUGGCUUUUAAGUGAAAAAGAGAUGAGGAUUUUAAAAAUCCUUUGAUCUGAGACAAUUUUAUUAUGAGUAAUUCAUUGUUAAUAUUUUUAACAGAUGCUUGUCCUGAGCCGUUGGCUUGGCAGCUUGAUCAUAUUAGCAUACCCACUUAUUUCUUACUCUUGUUAAGUACAGCAAGCAAAGUAGUUUUACAAGAGGUAAUCCACAAAGUAAUUAAGGCUGCAAUCCUAUGCACACAUAUCUGGGAAUAGUUCUCUCUUCAUUGAACACUUACUGGUUGAGUACAUAUGGGUAGGCUCAGGCUGUAAGAGAUGAGAAUCUGAACACAUUAUAAUGUUUUAGUAUCUGAUGGGUGUGCAGUUUUUAUAAACCAUGUUUCAUAUUAAUAUUAUAUAGGAACUUAAUUCCAGACUUCAAUAAGCUGCCUAUUUCCCUUAGGUAUUUCAUCCUACCAGUUACUGAAUUAUGAAGAUAAAUCAGAUGUAGCGCUCAACGGUAGACGAGGAAAUCCUAUUAUGAACUCCGCUGGGGUCAAUAUCACUGGAUCAGAUUCUCUUGCAGUGAAGGCUUCCUUUGGCAUUGUAACUAAACAUGAGGUUGAGGUACCAACAUUACUCAGAGAACUUACCAGUAGGUUGGUAUUAUAGUUUCCAUUGUUUGACUAUUUAAGCUGCACUUGACAAAUGAGCACUAAAAUGUGGGUGCAAUAUGGGUUAUAGGUUUUAGGUGACGUAAAUAGGAGAAAUAUGGAACUAUGUGGAUUAUGUCUCCCUUUAUUGCAGAAAAAUGAAUUUUGAGCACUGCCUUGUUCGUCAGUCACGAGAAAGUAAGAGGACAGUUCUUUGUGUGGUCAUGGAGAGUAUUCGAACAACACGACAAUGUUCACUGUCCGUGCAUGCUGGCAUGAGAGGUGACACAAUGAGGGUAAGUGAGCAUGUUUAACCAUGUUAAACAUGCUUUUAAAGCAUGUUUUUAACUUUAAAAAUAGAUAGAUAGAUAGAUAGAUAGAUAAACUUUUUAAAUGGUAAUUUACCUUGGGGGUCCUUUUGGGGCCAAAAGACAGCUCAUAAAUAAUUUUAUAACUAACUAACUAAAUAAUUAUGAAAGUGAAAUGUUUAUCAGCCGGUUUAAGAACACCUAACUCUAUACAGGUUUUUUGCCUAUGUGUAGGAAUCAUAUUAUCACCAAGAGUUGAGGAUCUUUAAAGAGGAAGAGAUUUAAACAUCAAAAAAAGCAAAGGCCCAAAUAAAAUAAUUCUAAUUUGACUAAUGCAAAACCCAAAAAUAAGUUAUGCAGAAUCUGUCUUGGUGGUCACAUGAUUUGUUUGUAGCAUAGAUAGAUCAUUCUCUUCUGUCUAACAAAGUUAUCUUUAACCCAAAGAUUAAAUAGAAGCUUGUCCAAUUAAAGAUAUACACCCCAAUCUGGGUGAGGCAGUUCUGAUGCACACAUAGACUGACCCCACCGCCACCUUUUUGGGCUGUCCUCCUUACAUCAGUUGUGGACAGGGCAGUUCCAUGUGUGUACAUUUUGUGCCCCCAUGAACCUGCCUGUUCCAAUAGGGUGGCCAUGUGUCCUUCCUACUUUACAGUCCUCUAUUUGAAGGGUUGUCUGGUUCAAGUCCAGUUUGAAGAUAAACAACCUAAAGAAGAGAGAACAGGGGAAGUUAGCUUCUGGACACCAGGCUGAGCAGGCACACACGUUACCUGGUCACAGUCUUCCCCACUUAUGGUGAGAUGCAUUGUAUUUCUAUUUAAGUUAUAGAAUUUAUUUCCAAAUUUGCAUUUUACAUAUAAAUUAUCAUAUGCAAACCUGUGCCCUCUUUUUAUCGGUGCACAAGUGGCCACCCUACUCAUCCACUGAGAUAAUGUGGGAGUUUUGUAAGCACUAUAAUUCAUUUUGUGCACAGACUUGUGGAUCCUCUUUUCCUGAUUUGCUUCUCAGUUUUGAAGGGCAUCUUAUUUCACUAGAACAUCAUAAUCAUCAUCAUCUCUACCAUAGUGAAGUACUAGCCUUCCACUGGCUGGCUUUGACAUUAAAAUUAAAAGAGUCAUAUUAUGUGUUAUAUUUCCAAUACUUAUUUAGCUUAAUCUGCAUUUUUAUUAAAAAUGUUUUCAAUACAGAUGUUAACACUGUAUCUUUCUUUUUAAAAAUAGUUUCAUAUUAUUGAUGACUAUAAUUACAAAGGACGUGACAAAGCUAUUGUCUUUCCUGCUCAUACAACUAUUGCAUUUAGUGUGUUUGAGCUUUAUAUUCACUUGGAUGGUAAUUUUGGUAAGUAGUCUGUUUUUCAGUUGUUAGUGCAAUUACAAUUUUACAUUCUUCUUGUUCUGAGAUUGGGAAUGUUUAAUCUGGAAUGCUAUAAACAUUAUAUCCAUGCUUUAUUGUGUGCUUGUAGUUAGCAAUCUCAUUCACUUCAGGGCUUGCAUCCAUACCCUACAGGUAUACACAUCUGCAAGGGCACACACAGUAACAUCUACCAGUAGAUUCAAAUCCAGGGACAGUAGUGGGACAGACAUUCACAUGUGCAUUGCAAGACAGAUGGAAAUCAGAGCCUCAUCCGUACCAUGCAGGGUGAUGGAUAUUGUAUUAGAUUUGCAUCUGAAUUUGGAUGAUAAUGGACGCAAAUGAUUCUGUACCUGGAAGUUUGCUUCCACCUAAAAAAAAAAAUCACCCUUGCUGGAUCAGCUGGUUUGUGUUCAGUUUUGUGUGGUAGUUUUGCCUUAUUUAAUAUAACUUUUCUAUAAAAUUAAAAAACUAAUUUUCAUUAAUAAUAAUAAACUGUAUUAUGAAAUUGUUCUUUUUCUGAAUACUUAAAAUAUAUGUAAUUUUUUUCCAGAGCUCUGUGUCACUCCAGAAUCAAAAGGAGGAUUUGAAAGAGAGCCAUCAAGAACAUUUUCACUAGUUAAAUUAAGGAAUCUGUUUUAUCGAAGUAUGAGGUUUGAUAUUUAUGUGCAUUACACUAAUUAAUUUGAUUGGUAAUGUAUUUAAUAGUAUUUCAUAUUAUGGUUGGUGCUGAAGUCCAUGCUUAUAGCUGCACUGAGAAGUAUUUUACACACAUGCACGCACACAUGCAUAGACACACAAAAAAAACUUAAAAUAAUUGCAGAGAUUUCAAAAUAUGCAGAGUGCAUCAAUUUUUAAUUAUAAUUAGCAUAGUAAUGAAUUUGCUUAAUUUAAAAAUUAAAUUUUUAAUUGUUUCAGUUGUACAGUAAGAUUAUACUUAUUACUCUUUAAAGACCUUUCAUGAUGUACAGCAAUAAUAUGACACACACAAAAGUGAAGGUAGCCAGAUUGGGGCAUAGUUAAAAUAUUUCCAGAGUCCAUUAUUAAGCAAAUACUUUUAGCAGAGCAGAAAAAUAUUGCAAAAUAGUGUUAAGUGCUCCAGAAUUCUUCAUCAGGCUAGUUAGUAAAUAAAGAAAAAAGAAGGAAAAGGAGGGGGUAUAUAACCAUCUCUGCGCCUACAACACCUAGUAUUUGUGGUCCCAGAAUCAGCCCUUGUUUUGCCCACCUUAGUGUAGCCUGAUACCUACAUGACACCAAAGGGGCCUCAUUUGUAUGUCUGUUAUCUCCUAACCUCACCAUACAUUUGAAGCAUAUCCAAUACACAUUUAAAGCAUUUGACGUUCCCCAAGGAAUCCUGGGAACUGUUGUUUCCCAUUGCCAAGCUACAGAUUCCAGCACCCUUAAUCAACUAAAAAGGUAAAGGACCCCUGACAGUUAAGUCCAGUCAAACACCAUUUACCUUCCCACUGGAGCGGUACCUAUUUAUCUACUUGCACUUUGUCACCCCAUCGCAGGGAUUUGAACCGCUGACCUUCCAAUCGGCAAGCCCUAGGCUCAGUGGUUUAGACCACAGCACCACCCGUGUCCCCCAACUACAGUGCUUUAAAUGUAUUGUGUGAAUCUGCCCACUCUGUGAUCAAGAUGCAGAGAUGGCUUUACCACCAAAUAUUUUUCUCCCCCCUGUUUUUAGCUUUGCUUGCAGUGUAUCUUAAUGAAGAGUCCUAAAUAUUUUUGCUGGCCUAAUAAAGAUAUCAUAAGAGUUGGAAAUCAACAAUAUUGUGCUAUGCUUGUCAUAUGGUCAAGCUACUGAACAAUUGAUUCACACAAUUGAUUCUUUUCAUUUGGAGCUGUGGAUGUAUUUGGAUGGACAGGUAGGGCUUAGUGCACAGCAAUUGAGUCAGGACCUGUCCGACAUUAGUCAUAUUAUACAUGUCCUAUGCCUGAGAAAUUGGUCAGUUUCAUGUCUUGAAUGGGGCUGCACUCUCCUUGAAAGAGCAGGUAUGUAGGCUGGGAGUGUUUCUGUGUCCAGCUUUGUUAUUGGAGGCCCAGGUAAAGGUAAAGGGACCCCUGACCAUUAGGUCCAGUCGUGGCCAACUCUGGGGUUGCGGCGCUCAUCUUGCUUUAUUAGCCAAGGGAGCCGGCAUACAACUUCCUGGUCAUGUGGCCAGCAUGACUAAGCCGCUUCUGGUGAACCAGAGCAACACACGGAAAUGCCAUUUACCUUCCCGCCGGAGCGGUACCUAUUUAUCUACUUGCACUUUGACGUGCUUUCGAACUGCUAGGUUGGCAGGAGCAGGGACCAAACAAUGGGAGCUCACCCUGUUGCGGGGAUUCAAACCGCCGACCUUCUGAUCGGCAAGUCCUAGGCUCUGUGGUUUAACCCACAGCGCCACCCGCGUCCCCCAGGUAGUCUGACUAGAAGUACCUUUAACCAGCUGCAGCUGUGGCCAUUUGUGAACCCAGAGAACUUGACCACAGUACUGUAGUCAAACAGGCAUAUAGAGGGUAAGGUUAUCCCACAAAUAAACUGGUUCAAAGCUGCUCCAUGUUUUUUAUAUACAGUGGUACCUCGGUUUACGAACUUAAUCCAUUCCAGAAUUCCGUUCUUAAACCAAAACCGUUCUUAAACUGAGGCACGCUUUCCCUAAUGAGGCCUCCCGCCGCCGGUGCCCUUCCACCGUUCAGAUUCUGUUCUUAGACCGAGGUAAAGUUCUCAAAUCAAGACACUAUUUCUGGUUUUGCAGAGUUUGUAAACCAAAUCGUUCUUAAACUGGGUCUGUUCUUAAACCGUAUUUCAUUUUAUUAAAAAAGCUUUCAAAUUAUUAUAGAACCACAAAGACAACUAAACCGUAACAAAAAUUCAAUAAUAUAUCCAACUAGAGGCAGGGCAUAUGAAACCUAAACAUCUUAACUUGACUGUUUCGAUUUUCGGAACUGACAGUAUUGCAGGUGACAUACUUGUUCUGCAUUUGUAAGUAAUAAAGCAAGGGAUGUGUCAAUCAACCCAUUGUGCAAAAAGAUGGAUACUUUUAAAGGUAAAAUUAUGCUAUUAUAUUUAUGAACUUGUUAGGAUUUAACAGUGACCGUAGAUUAUGGGAGGAAUUCAAUGUCGUGCUAAGGCAAUCAUUCCAUCAGGACAUUUCAGCUUGCCAGUUGGAACGCACACAUCACUGUUCCGGGGGUUCUUCCCCUUCACAUCAGAGUCAAUUUUGGGGGAAGGAGGGGGGGAGGGAAAGCCCCAUUACGCAAGUGAAACUCCUUGCUUCUGCUUACAGGAAUCAGUUGUGGAAUCCCACACUCUGGGCUGAAUGAAGAGUUUGUAUUUUUGUCAGUGGUUGACCAGAUAAUGUGCUAUUGGAUUUAACAAUCUUUCUUCUUUGUGUCUCUGUGUGCUUUUUCCCCCUUCAGACAAAAGGGUAAUGGAUAUCAUUGCUCACUCAGACAAUUACUUAGAUGACCUUUUCACAGACUACUAUGAGAAAGCUGCAAGCAUGACGGAUGUCUCCACAAACUAUUUCCGAGAAGGGGCCCAUAUACGAGUGAAUUUGCUUAACAAUCACAUCCCCAAAGGUCCUUGUUCGUUGUGUGGAAUGGGAAGCUCCAGAAGAGAAACUGUCUAUGGUUGUCUUGAGUGUUCUUUUAAUGGACAAAAGUUUGUACGACUACAUGCUGUGCCUUGUUUUGACCUCUGGCACAAGAGAGUGAAAUGAAAAUUUUUGGAAAUGCAUGUUGGUUGGAUCCAGAUUGUUGCUUGCACUUAGUAUCCACUGAAAUUAAGUCACACCUGACUUUUCCACUUUGAGGUCAGGAAGACCUAAGUACAACCGACUUGGCCUGGAUUAAACCCAUGCAUAUAUUUAGGUGUGAUUGUGCCAUGGAAUUUCUCGUGCAUUUUGAUUGCGAAAUAUGGAGCCACAAAUGCUUUUUUCUCCUUCCGUGUUUUUAAAGGAAUGCAAAAUAGAACUUGAUAUAAUGGCUUCCCAUGUAUGCUCAGUUAUUGGUUAGUUCUUUCUAACUGCAUAAUGUAACAUAGCUAAGAGAUACACAUCCGAGUUAAAAAAUUCACUAUAGCAUUUUGUAAUAAAUCUAAAAAAAUGUGUAAAUUAUGUUUAGAAGUAACUAUUUGUAGGAGUAAUUUGGAAACACUGGCUUUUGUCUAAAGGCAAGAAUGUGUUUCACCUUAACUACACCACAGUAAGACAGUAAUGAAAUGAUACGAAUUAUUUAUUAAUGACAUAAAUAUUUAAUUGAAAUAUCAGAUUACGAACAUGUUUGUCUUUGCUCUGGUUAAACAGAGAAAUAAAAAGUGAAUUGAAUCUUAGUAUGACAUGUUUCCAUUAAAAUUUGCCAAUGUCACCCCCAAUUACAUCUGUCUCCCAUUUAGUCCAUAUUUAUCAUUAAUAUAGAGCAAGUUCAGUAUUUUUUAAAUGUUAGACUUGCUGUUAUUUGGUGCCUUUUGAUGUAUUUGACAAUAUUUUUUGUAACAAAGCUAUAUAAUUUUGGAAUAAACGAGUCAAUUACAUAUCUG